GGAUAAGAGGAGGGGGAGCGCUGCUACCUAUCUCCCCCCAUCUCAUGCACUCACACAGUAUGGAAAGUACAGUGCUAGGCGGCUGCAGUAUCCUAAUAAUCCUGAGCACAAAGUUACAGCACUACGCCUGGUCCUACUGAGAGGACAUCACCUAGAGAUAGAGAAGUGGCCUGUCCACACAAGAGGACAAGACAGCAGCAGAGCCCAGGAUGUACGACUAGACCAGGACACAUCAUACAAGGAGAUAACCUGCAGCAGCAGCCCCCCACACAUCAGCAGCUUCACCUCUAUGAGGACAGAGCUUCUACCUCUUCUCAAAAGCCACAUUCUUGAGUCCCCAGCAGGACUAUGAAUGGAUACGGUUCUCCCUACCUGUACAUGGGGGGCCCAGUGUCACAGCCCCGAGCCCCUCUACAGAGAACCCCGAAAUGUGCCCGAUGCAGAAACCAUGGGGUCCUCUCCUGGCUCAAGGGCCACAAGCGCUAUUGCCGCUUCAAGGACUGUACUUGUGAGAAAUGCAUCCUGAUCAUUGAGAGGCAGCGGGUCAUGGCAGCACAGGUGGCCCUCAGGAGGCAGCAGGCCAAUGAGAGCCUGGAGAGUCUAUUACCGGACACUCUCAGACCGAUGCCAGGCUUGCCAGCUUCUCUGCCCGCAGACACAAGUCAACCAGCCUCCCGGCCUGGAGACAUGACCAUCAGGUGGACACAGGAGCCGUCUUCUACCAUGCAGCUGCCCGGGAAGACAGAUCUGUCAGAUGAGAGAUUAGGUGACAGCAGUGGAACAGAAAAUGGUGAAAGCUACAGUGACAAAGAUACAGAUCAAAGGUCUCCCCCAGAUGUGAAGCCUUGCUGUACCCCGGAAAGCCCUGAAGUUGUGUCGGUGGAUGAGUCGGGCUAUUCAGCACAGAAGAACUGCAGUAGUGCUGAAAGUACAUCAGAUAGCCCCAAGUACCAGGCAGAGCAUAGCCAUCUUAUUAUUGAGGGUUCUUCUGGUACAGUGUCUUUGCCAUUUAGCUUGAAGUCCAAUAGACCUCCGCUUGAGGUACUUAAGAAAAUAUUUCCAAGCCAGAAACCUACUGUGUUAGAACUCAUCUUGAAAGGAUGUGGGGGGGACCUUGUUGGGGCUGUAGAAGUUCUUCUAUCAAGCAGAUCUAUGACUGGAGAGAGAACUGCAACUGAUCCAGAUGCCAUUAUGUUACCUUCUAAUGGUCACCUUUUUGAGCAUACUCUUGGCUCAUAUCCAUUGCCUUCCUCCAAAUGGUCAGUAGGAUCAGCCUUCAGAGUACCAGAUACACUGCGUUUCUCAGCAGAUUCAAGCAAUGUGGUUCCCAAUCCUCUCGCCGUACCCUUGCAGCAUCCCUUCCCACAACCACCCCGGUACCCACUACUACUGAGGAACACUUUAGCGAGGAACCAGUCCAGUCCCUUUCUACCCAACGAUGUCACUCUGUGGAACACAAUGACUCUGCAACAACAAUACCAACUUAGAUCUCAGUAUGUCAGUCCCUUUUCUGGAAAUUCCGCCAGUGUCUUCAGGAGUUCACCAGUCCUUCCGCCUAGACCUCCUGAAGAUCCCAGAAUCCCAGGCUCUGAGGACAGUUGCUCGAUUGUAGUAAAGCAGCCCAUUUACACAGAGGAAGACUAUGAGGAAAGAUCCGAUUCAGCUGACUCUAGAAUACUCAACAGUUCUUCCUAACAGACAAUAAUUGUACACAGAGUGGCAUAAGAUGGCGAAAGAGAAAUUUUAUUUAAUAGGACAAUUUAUAUUGCACUUAUGGAAGCAAUAAAUAGUAUAUACUCUUUAUUUUAUUUUUACUUUUAUUUUUGCUGUUGGACUGUGUAAAUAAUAUUUGGCUAGAUCACCUACCAGAUAUUUAGAAUUAUGUUAUGAGACUGAGGAUAUAUAUAUUGUAUUCUAGUAUGGCAGUUUACAAGGGUCAAUUAAAUAGAGACAAUAUAUGCAAAAUCAGCAUAUUUUCAGCUAUAAGUAUCGAUAAUCUGUAAUAGAUGUUAAGAGACAGAUACAAAAUAUGUGAAUUUUGCAGAUAUCCUCAGUCUGUUCAUAGCGAAAUAAACAUAUGUGAUGAUAAUAUAAUACUCCGAACAAUAUGUGAACUGCAUGAAAUGUAUUGUUAAAUGAAGCCAGGAUUGAACAUUGUCAGGUUAAUGUAGCAUGCUAAGGACUCUACAUGAAAUAAAAAUGAUGAUGAGCAUGUCAUUUAUACUUGUAGUUUGUCAAAUGAAAUUAGCGCACACUUAUAAACAAGCCAUCUGCAUGCUGGGACACUCCAUCACUCAACAAGUGUAUUCACGGAAGCAGGGCGGAUGUGUUGAUAAUGUAUUCCAGCUUUCUUUUUGUUUUGUUUAAAUAAAGUUUGUUUGAAAACAAAACGGUAGUUCCAAAACACAUUAAAAUAUAUUUUAGAAAUGAUAUGGGAUUUUUAAGAAGAGGUAAAUUAGAAGAACAAGUCCUAGAGAGACUUGUACAAUAACAAGACACAGCAAAUAAGUAUAACACGACCUUUACGGUUCAAUAAUAAACUUAAAUCUCAUUACGUAUUGAGACCAUAGCCUAGA